UGUCCGCUUGACAGGCAGCGGCGCGGUGCGUACGCCGCGCGCGGCCGACUCUAUACAAGCUGCGCCUGCGCGCCGGCCACACGCCCCAAGCUCUGUGUCGUGCACGCCCGUGACCAAGUGUUUUGUGACGUUUGCUAGCAUGUUUUCUUGCGUGUUUGUGUGACUCAUGUGCUGACACCAUGUGGACCCUGAUACUCUUGCUCGUGCUCCCUCUCGCCUGCACGGCUGACUUACAGGAGAGAGGUAAUACUCUUAUUCAACAUACUGAUGCAUCUAGCAACACUCUACUCCGUGCACACAAUGGUGAAGUAUGCAUCGGGACGAACGGUCGGAUGUCGGUUCCAUCGAACCGGGACACUCACUACCGGAAUCUUCGCGACCGCUUCACAAACUGUACCUACGUCGACGGCAACCUCGAACUGACAUGGCUUCAGAACGACACGAUGGACUUGUCCUUUCUCAAGUACAUACGAGAGGUCACCGGCUACGUACUCAUCUCUCACGUGAACGUCCGCCAGAUCGUUUUGCCUCAUCUGCAAAUCAUCCGCGGACGCACGCUCUUCAAGAUCAACGCGAGAGACGAAGAGUUUGCCCUCAUGGUCACCAUGUCUUCGGCCUUUACCCUCGAGUUGCCAGCUUUGCGAGAUGUUCUUCGUGGCAGUGUUGGCAUUUACAACAACUACAACCUAUGCCAUGUGAAGACUAUCAAUUGGGAAGAAAUAAUUACUGGUCCAAAUGCAACUUAUGUGUACGUCUAUAAUUUUUCGGCACCUGAACGUGACUGUCCUCGAUGUCAUCCUAGUUGUGAAGCAGGUUGCUGGGGUGAAGGGCCAGAAAACUGCCAAAAAUUUUCUAAGACAAAUUGCAGCCCGCAAUGUGCUCAAGGGCGCUGUUUCGGGCCAAACCCUCGAGAUUGCUGCAACACAUUUUGUGCUGGUGGUUGCACAGGACCGCUCCCCAGUCAAUGUCUUGCCUGUCGAAACUUUUAUGACGAAGGCACUUGUUCACAAGAAUGUCCGCCAAUGCAAAUAUAUAACCCUACAACAUAUUCCUGGGAGCCAAAUCCGAAUGGUAAAUAUGCAUAUGGUGCGACAUGUGUUCGGAAUUGUCCAGAGCAUUUAUUAAAAGAUAGCGGAGCUUGCGUAAGAAGUUGUCCUCCCAAUAAAACAGCUGUAAAUGGGGAAUGUAUACCAUGCAACGUUACUUGUCCGAAAACUUGCCGUGCUGAGAAGCCAAUCCAUUCAGGAAACAUUGAAAGUCUCAGAGACUGUACAAUAAUAGAUGGUUCUAUAGAAAUAUUGGAAAUGACAUUUACUGGGUUCCAACAAGUUAAUCCUGAUUACUCUUUCGGAGAGAGAUAUGGGAAAAUGAGUCCCGAAGCUCUGGAAGUGUUCAGUACAGUUCGCGAAGUGACGGGCUAUCUGAAUGUACAGGCGCACCAUCCGAACUUUACGAGCCUUUCUUACUUCCGCAAUCUGGAAGUGAUAGGGGGACGUCAAGUAGUGGAGAAUCUCUUUGCUUCCCUUUAUAUAGUGAAGACAUCGCUGAAAUCACUAGGCUUGAAAUCAUUAAAGAGAGUGAACUCUGGCGCUAUUGCGAUUAUGGAAAACAGAAAUCUUUGCUUUGCCGAAAAGAUUGCCUGGAACAAACUAGUCAAGUCAAAGGAUCACAAGCAAAUAAUACAGAAGAACGGUGACCUGAGGACUUGUGAAAAAGCGAAUUUGGUGUGCGAUCCUGAAUGCUCUGCCGAUGGAUGCUGGGGCCCUGGACCAGAUCAAUGCCUUUCCUGCCAUAACUAUAAAUUUGGCGAAACAUGUAUCCAGAAUUGCAGUGUACAUCCAGGGUUAUACAAAGCUGGGCCAAAGAUCUGCAAGCAGUGCCAUGCAGAGUGCUUAGACGGGUGCUCCGGACCGAGUCGUGCUAACUGCUCCCGAUGUAAACACGUCCGUGACGGACCCUACUGUGUCGCCAAGUGCCCAGACUCGAGAUACGCUUCUGAAAAUGGCACAUGCCUUCCUUGCCACUACAAUUGCUAUAACGGCUGCACCGGGCCUGCUAAUACAGUUGGAGAAGGAGGAUGUAACUCAUGCAAGAAAGCUAUAAUUAGCGUCGAAGCAACUGUGGAAAGUUGUCUCAAAGAAAAUGAACCUUGUCCAGAUGGAUACUACAACGAAUGGGUUGGCAAUGUUAAACCAUUAGAAGGAAAAGUAAAAGUUGUUUGCAGAAAAUGUCAUCCAUUGUGUAUCAAAUGCACUGGUUUCGGUAUUCAUGAGCAGGUUUGUCAAGUCUGCAAUGGUUUCAAAAGAGGAGAUCAAUGUGAAGAUGAAUGUCCAGCGGACCAUUAUACGGACGAAGCUAGCAGAGUUUGUACACCCUGCCAUAGUGAAUGUCGUGGCUGUACAGGUCCCUCUUCAACAGACUGUAUUAAAUGCCUUAAUCUAAAAAUAUACUUAAGCGAGACUAAUUCUAUAGACAAUAAACCUAUUUUUAACUGCACAAAAACUUGCCCUGAGAGUAGUCCUAAUAAAAUUUAUUUCGACGAACAAUUACAAAAUCAAAUCGACGAGCCUUUUUGUUCAGAACUCGCCAGUGGCAUACCCGCUAUGGCUACAGCCAGGACACCAACGUUUUUGGUAAUCAUAUUGGUACUAGCAUUUGUCAUGUUAGUAAUUCUUGGAGUAAUUGGCUAUACGUUUAGACAAAAAGCAAAAGCAAAGAAAGAAGCUGUAAAAAUGACCAUGGUGCUAACAGGCUGCGAAGACAACGAACCUCUACGUCCAACUAACGUCAAGCCAAACUUAGCCAAGUUACGAAUAGUAAAAGAAGGUGAAUUACGAAGAGGAGGCAUGUUAGGUUUUGGUGCUUUUGGAAAAGUGUACAAGGGUGUUUGGGUCCCUGAAGGCGAAAACUUGAAAAUUCCAGUUGCUAUUAAAGUUUUGAAAGAGGGUACGGGUACAAAUACAAGUAAAGAGUUCCUAGAAGAAGCUUAUAUAAUGGCCAGUGUAGAACACCCCAACUUACUUCAGCUGUUAGCUGUUUGUAUGACAAAUCAAAUGAUGCUAAUCACACAACUAAUGCCCCUUGGGUGCUUGCUUGAUUACGUCAGGACACACAAAGAGAAAAUAGGUUCGAAAGCAUUUUUGAACUGGUGUACUCAAAUAGCUCGCGGCAUGGCGUACUUAGAAGAGAAGAGAUUGGUACAUAGAGAUUUAGCAGCCAGAAAUGUGUUAGUACAAACCCCAAACAGCGUUAAAAUAACAGAUUUUGGUUUAGCUAAACUAUUAGACAUAAAUGAAGACGAGUACAAAGCUGCUGGGGGUAAAAUGCCGAUCAAAUGGUUGGCGCUGGAGUGUAUUCAGCAUAGAAUAUUUACGCACAAGAGUGAUGUAUGGGCAUUCGGUGUUACUAUUUGGGAAAUUUUAAGUUAUGGUGCACGGCCGUAUGAAAAUAUAUCUGCUAGAAAUGUGCCAGAAUUAAUAGAGAACGGACACAAAUUGCCGCAACCGACCAUCUGUACAUUAGACAUCUACUGUAUAAUGGUACGGUGUUGGAUGCUGGAUGCUGACAGCAGACCUACUUUCAAAGAAUUGGCAGAAAAGUUCGCCGAAAUGGCAAGAGACCCUGGCAGAUAUCUCGUCAUUCCUGGAGACAAAUUCAUGCGUCUACCAUCCUACUCCACUCAGGAUGAAAAGGAGUUAAUAAGGAAUAUUUCGUCGGCACUGGAAGGUCCUGAAUCAUUGGUUGAAGCUGACGAGUACUUGCAACCGAAAUUUAAAGCAGUACCAGGAACAGCUACCUCUAAUUCCGCCAUCAGUGCCGGUGUUGAAACGCAGACUAGCUCAUUAAAGCCGUGCACGUCAUCUUCCUGGGCCAACAACGUCACCAACACAGAAUGUGCAACACCUGAUGGCUCCAACCGACCUGAGAACUGGGACCAUGAGCUUCUGAGAUACAAUCAGCAGGUCAAUCCAGAGGGCACAGAAAUGCGUCAUUAUUACAAUAACGGUGUAUGUGCCUCUGAUACUUCCAGCUCGCGGUACUGCAGCGAUCCUAUGAAACUCAAACCUGAAGGUUCAAUCGAAGGAAACUUUGACAGCAUGGCCAAAACAAAAGAAGCUCAAGUGGUGUACCUGAAGUUGAAUCUGCCGUUAGAUGAGGAUGACUACCUUAUGCCUUCGCCGCAACAUAACCAAAAUGCUUCGGCAUACAUGGACUUGAUAGGGGAAGGGGGAGUGGUUCAAGACGUGAAAGACUUACGUUACAGUGGUUUCGUAGGGUCGAAGCGAUGUGUAGACAAUCCGGAGUACCUGAUGUCCGAAGAGAACGUGCCUCCACAGACACUGGGCAUUCCGACGGAGCCGGUGCCGCCGGAGUCGCUCUGCGUGAGCGAGGGCAGCGGCGGCGACUCCACGCCGCGGCCCGGCACCAGCAAGUUCCUGGCGCAGCGCUCCGUGGAGGAGGAGUCCAUGUCCGACCACGAGUACUACAACGACCUGCAGCGCGAGUUGCAGCCGCUGCGCCGGAACGAGACCACCGUGUGAGGUGUGAGCCCUGGCUUUGUGAUACACUACAACGUAUAGACUGAUCUCUUGCGAGUACUGACUUUUUUACUUAAAAGUGCGCGUACGCCUCUCGUGCCAUUGGUGUGGCUAGUAAUAGUUUGUUGAAAAACUUCAACUAAGAUUUUAUUUUAGUUACAAACAAAUCAAUUUGUUAAUUUUUUCUACUUAAAAUUUUGUAAAGGACUUGUUACGGAAUAAUGAAAUGUAAAAAUAUAAUUACGAUUUUAUAUGGUGCUCUAACGCACUUAACAAAAUACAUAUAUAAGUUAUUUAUUAAUUUAGUGUAAGGAAGGCUAUGUCUACAUUUCUCGAAUGCUGUAGCAAUAAGUAGCUAAGCGAGCGUUAUUUUAAUUAUAAACUGUGAUAAUUAGAUUAAUUGCAAUACAAUGAGACCAGUGAAGUCAAUUAUUAAGGUGGGUUGUGACCUUAUUUGGAUUAUUUGGAAAAUCUUAGUAGUUUUCACUUACCGAUACAACAUUUCUGAUUUCCAUCUAUCUAAAAUUUAGAUCUUUUUAAUUUCUCGCACAAGAUUCACACAAACUAUUUCUACCGUGCACGUUAAACAACUUUUAUUUAGCUGAAUAUUUUUAUUACGUUCUUCUCAUGACUUUAGUUUAUGGAAUAUAAUUUCCUUUUUUUUUACGAUAACGCGAGCAUUUGAAGCGAUUUUUUUUUAAAUAGAAUAUUUUAUUAGACCACGUUCUUCCAAGAUGAGUGAGAUCUUGCCAAUAUAGGGAGCAAUACUAAAGGGUUAUUUUAUUAACUUGCUUAAACUACUUGCCUGGCCUUAUAUACUGAGGACCUGCCCGCAGCUACGUAAACAUAUUGUAAAUAUACUUGUUAAAUAAAAGAAACUAUAUACCUAUCUAUUGUACAUUAUUAAAAAGCAAAACAUUAAAAGACAUUAAUUUUAAGUUUGAGCACUGUCUUAUGCACAAAUGAAGCUCAAAAUUCCCAAUAAAAUGCAAAUUAUAUCUUGUUAAUAGUAUGGUUAAGUGUUUUUUUUUAUAUUUAGACCAAACUCUUGUUUGCCAUGUAAUAAAUAUGUACAUAAUUUAAUAGGUCCUGUAAAUAAAAUAUCUAGGUGAUAAUAUUAUCUCAAAGAAAGCUUAUGUAGUAGUAAAUAUUCGUACUCAUAUGUGAAUAACAUUUGUAAUGUUUAUAGACACAUAUGAAAUUCUGAAUUAUAUAUAUGUUAUAGUACUUACAUGUGCCAUUAUUGAAAUACGACAGUAAAAUAAAUAUAUGAAGUUUAUAGUUUAAUAUGUUUCUACAGCCAUUGUUUCUUUAUUUCUAAUUUAUAUUGUUUAUCUAUCAUAUAACUUGGUAUAGUGACCUUUCUAUUUCACUUGACUUUUAAAUGAACAAAUGGUUUGUACAAACAUAUACUACGUCCAUCCUAUGUAUAAUUAAUGAAAUACAAUAAUUUUUACAUGGCUAACAUUUAUUGUUUUGUGUAGAUAGUCGUUUUGGAGCGAUGUCAGGAAGUUUAAAGUAGGUACUUGUACCUUGAUAAACGAAACAUAAAUAAAUAA